UUCCAAGUGCAGGGUUGGUACGGGCACUCUUGCCCUUUUUGUCUCUGGUCCUGUGAUAGGCUUCAAACAUUCUGGAGCGCUGUGGCAUGUGCAAUGGAGGAGAUUUUGAGUGUAAGAGUGGGGAAGGCCCCAAUUUCUCCUCCUCUUGCCCUGCCCAGUGUGUUCCCUGAAGAUAUGCAUAAGAAAAAAUCUUUUCAACAUCCUCACUUGCACAAGAAAGAAUAUCUUGCUAGGUUGGGUAUCCGAAAACCACUUGGGCCUGUUAGGUUGGCGGUAGAUUGUUAAGGACCAUAUCACGUUGGAUUUUCUCAAGUAUGGUACACCACAAGAAUAAGAAUUUCUAUAAGACAUGGCAGCUCUUUUUGGAAUACCUGGACACGGAUUUAUCUGUCACACUAAUAAGGGAUUUUAUAUAACUGAAACAAUUAUGCUUUACGAGCCCAAUAUCCAGGGUGGAGCAACUGUGAAAGCAAAGCCAAAUGGGCAUCUCAGUACUCAGUCCUCCCACGCCACUUUUUCAGACAAAAUGAUGCACAGAGAAACAGACAGGAGCAACGUGGUCAAGAAGUUUUCCAGUCUCUCUAAACUUUCUAACCUGGAUAGUGAAAAUGAAAGUAGUUCAUUGGAUAGUCGAGUUUCCAGCAAGCAAAACACAUUGCCGAUAAAUGAUAAAAACUCUGAACUCCAGGAAAAUAUUGUUGACUCAAGCCCCUGGGAUAGUGAAGAAGAGGGGCUUUCUAAACUUAAGGAAGUUAAUGAGGAGAAGAGGCCAUGUUCCAUGAAUUUAUCAAGUCUUCAGAUAUUGAAGUCACAGACUUUGAGCAAAGAUUCACACGCUCCAUACAAAGAUUUGAAAGAGACUUUGAAAGAUGCAGACACAUAUUUGCCAGUACCCAGUAAAUCGAAGGUGAGGAAUCGUAAUGAAGGUUUGCCGAUUCCUUACCAAUCUUCAACUGCCAAAAAAAAGGCUGUAAUGUUGAAUCAAGUGACCCAGCCAAGCUAUUCUGGAUGGAGUGAUUCAUCCAGUGAAACACAGUCAAUAUUCUCCACUUAUGAAGGAGUACAUAAUGACAAUCAGAAGAAGAAUGGUGAAGGCAUAAGAGACUGCAAAGAAGAACAAAAAAAAAGGAAAGGACAGAAUGAAGAAACUUUAAAGAAGAACUUGCGUAGCCUCAAAAUCCAUCACCAGUCAAGCCAAACUUCCAGCCACAUGCUCAGCAAGCAAAACUCUGUGUCUAGCCAACUACUUGUUGGGCAAUGGGAGAAAGAAAGAAAGGCGACAAAUAUGACUCAGUCUGAGAGAGAAGAGAAUGUGACAGAGCUUGGACAAACAAGCCCUGGUUUUACUGAGGAAUCCAGUCAUCCCACAAAUGUAGGAGUAACUUCUGAAGAAAAUGUAGUUGUUCGAAUUUUGAAAGAUGUGGCUAGUUAUAAAGACAACAGGCAAGUGUAUCACUUUGACUUUGGACAUCAGUACUUCUAUGAAACCAAGAGCGAAUAUACUGAAAAUUGCAUUAAUAACUUGGCAGACUGGUCUGAUGAUGCAAUUCGGCAGUGUUGGAGAAGUCUGUUUGCAGUAGUAAGGAUAAUGGUGAACACUGUCAUUUUGUUUUUAAUUGAGUUGAUAACUUUCUUAUGUCGGUCAGUCUUCCAUGUCCUAUUGGUUGGACUCUUAACAGUAAUUGGAGAUCAUCUUCUGAAGCCACUCCUGGUAUCGUUGUUCAACAGUCUACUGCAACCCAUCAUGAUUUUCCUGCUGAACAUUUUCAUUGGAAUCAGAAACCUCUUGAACCCUUUAAUUGAUAUCUUCAGGAGACUGUUAAUGCAAAUAGCUGCUGUAUUGCAUGCCUUCAGACUUGUGGAAGUGAACUUGAAUCGAACUCCAUCCCAAUAUCAGGAUGUGUAGCCAAACAAGUCACUUGUUCUAGGAUGAAUAUGAAAAGUCUUGAAGAUGAGAGUGAAGGAUGGCUGAAAGUGAAUCCCUGUGCUGGAUUGUUACCAGCAACUGGUAACUGUUGCUAGUCAAGCCAUAGGCAGUUCUUAGUAGCUAUUGGUUCAGACCCAGUUGUAUGAAUUAUGCAGUCUACCAAAUAGGAGUUGGACAUCUGAAGUCAGUGCUAUUUCGUCCAUCCUAUUAUUACACAAAACUUUAGUGCUACAAUCAGUGCUCCAUUGUUCAAGCUUUGUCACUGUAUGUACUUAUUCUUUCUUUUACAAGGUACUGACUGUAUGUGCUUCCACUAUUUCUUUUACAAGGCCUUUUCAGUGUUAUAUUGAUGAGUCUUGAUCAUUUCUUGCACUUGUACUGCUUUAAAUACAAACUCAUUGAGUGUCUGCACUUACAUUGUCUUAUAUAAGACUUAUCAAAUUUUAUGCUCAUGCUGUCUUCUGAAAAGCUAGUUGAGAAUCUGUGCCCAAUCAUCCUGUAAUACAAGGGUUGACCAGUGUUUAGGCAUACAUUGUCCCUUAAAUGAAAUAUUGCAAGUGCAAUUAAGUGAAAGUGAUCUGCUGUUUUAUGUGUAGAACUGUUAUUGUCAUUCCUCGAGGAUGUGAUUAGUUGCACAAAGCUCUGGAAUCAAGAUUGUGGGUUUCCUGGUGACUCAUAAAAUAAAUUCACCCUCUAAAUUGACACUGAACAUUGGGAACAGUUAGGUUACAUGUUUAGUUUCUAAUUUAUGUUGAAUUAGCUGAUCUUGGCCAGAAUGCUAAUGGGUUAUUGCAAUCAUCAGUUUAUCCUGGAUUCCCAUUCUUGACUGCUAUCCAAUGGAAAAUGUCUGUGUGUAUUCAUUUGUGUGGAAUUGGCAAGGACAGGAUUGAAUUUAGCUGGGAAACACUACAUGUUGGUGCAGUCUGCCUGUGCAAGUCAAGAUCCUGAGGUUUCUAGUGAUCUCCUCCACCAUCACAGGCACAAUAGAGUGAAAUCCCCUAUCCUCCCCAGACCAAGAAAAGGACGCUAUUUGCAUAUUCAGAAUGAAGAUAUCACACUGAUGCACCUUUUCCAAUUGGCAGCUUGAAUGUCAGAUUGGUGCAGUAAGAUUCCAAUGGCAAAAAGAAGGCAUGGCAAUGAAAUAAAUUAGUACUUGUCUUUCAUGUCUUCUGCUCCAUGUGAAGGAGCUAGCCUGUCAAGGAAAAUCAGAGAUUAUUUUGGUUACCUGUCUAUGGUAAAGAUUUUGGCCUUUUUACAGCCUUCAAUUGGCCAGAUAAUCUCAAUGGAUGCAAAUGUUGUUGACUCCAAAACAAAUGGAAAGGCUGAAAUUUCCACUGUAUUCCAGAAACUCCUCCAGACAUGGUCCUUUCAUGAGGAGAUUGCUCACAGUUCCCUACACCAAACUUUAAAGCAUGAACAUAAAAUGGUGUGGAAUCCCAGCAUUAUUGGAUCCUACCCUAAAUUCCUGGUGCCAUUUUCCAUGAUUGAAAAUUUGGCUUUCUGAUCUGUCCCAACAUGCAAAAGUGCUUGGGUUUGAAAGUCUUAGUGCACAUGAAGAAUGAUCAAGUGGUACACUAGAACAUCAUAGCUAAUUUUACUGUUGUGAUUUUUAAGGAAAAUGUAUAUAUUGUGCCAUUAAAAUUGAAACUGUGCUAACUCUAUUUAUGUUGUAUUGUCUAAAGACUGUGAAAAACUGUUAUUUUAGGACCUUUUAUGUGGAUAUGCAGUCACUGCAGUAAUGUAAAUAAGCCUUUACUUGCAUUCAUGAAAGAUUGCACUCCAAAAGAGUGAUCAAUUAGAAAUAAAAGCAGCAAAUGCUAAACUAUUCAGCAGAUUAGGCAGCAUCUGUGGAGAGAGGAAUAGAAUUAAUGAAAGAUUAUAAACCUAAAACAUGAACUGCACCGAUGCUUUAUUUCCCUCUCUGGAGUAUUUCCAGCAUUUUCUGUUUUUAUUUCAAAUUAACUGGAUUCCAUAUUUGCGAAGAGAACACCACAGCAGACCUUCAGACCAUAAGCCUUACAUGGUCUGAGAUGAUGCAAGGUUUGUGUGAUAUUCAAGAUUUGUUAUAUGUUAAUCUGAUCGUGUUUAAUAAAUCAA